AUGCUGUUUUCGUCGUUGCGUCUCAGAUUCGAAACGAAUACUGAGACUCGUACCUUUCGUGUCGUAAAACCUCCCGCGUGUAUCGUUCCUCCACAAGAUAUAGACUUCAUCAACCGAGGGUCGCUUGAAGGCGUCCACGACACUGUUCAUAUAUUACUUGGCGGGAAUGGACAAAUGGCUUAUCCAGACUACGCCGGUUUUGAUCCUAUUUUUUUCCUUCACCAUUCGAAUGUGGACAGGCUAUUCGCUCUGUGGGAGUGGUGCUACACCGAAUAUUGGAUGGGAAGCGGAUAUGAACGGGAUGGGGAGCAAUACCCUUGGACCCAGGCACGUGGCACGUAUGCGCAAGUUUACAACGAACAACUCCUUCCAGACGGGGCGCUCCAACCAUUCCGAACGGAACAAAGAGACUACUGGUCCUCUUCUCAGACCCGAUUUUUGCACGAACAAAGCUACCCCAAGUAUUACUCGUUCCCCGAGUUUGAAGGAAUUAAGGUCGAUCAAGCAGCCGUGUCAUCCCAAGAGCGUGCCUCGGCGCGCAAAAGGGUGCAAGCCUACUAUGAUUUUGAUCCGCAAACUAAGGCGAAACAGGUGACCUCGCAGGCUUGGAAGCACUUACCUGUUCCAAACAAGGAAGAUCCUGCCGUUCCAAGUGAUCAUACCGUUAUUCCUCACUACCGCACAUUUGGUGUGCAUGUGAAACUUCUGGAGCAUGCAUACAACCGCUCCUACUCAUUCCAGCUUCACCAUAAAAUGAAUGCUCAUUCGAGUCCGCAGCUCGUAGGUACCAUUGCAGUCUUUGCAAGGCCAGAUCAUUCUCCUUGCAAAGCAUGUGCUGUGCGUCGUGAAGCAGGAUCCAUAGUUCGCGGUUUGAUUCCCAUUCCUCCCGAAUUGAUCGAGAGCAUCAUCAGAUCAAACGGAGGCGGAGAAUCAGGAGUUUCGUUCGACCAGACCCUCGCUCACAUCAAGGGCGAGUUCGUUGGAAGGCUUGUGGAUGCUACUGGCUCAGAGCUUGCCGGGGCUGAGGGAGGGCUAGAGGUGACCCAGGUACCACAACACCGUGUCGCUUCUCGUAGAGUUACUCCCGUAGAGAUUUCUCUGGUGUCAGCUGCUGUUGCUGAGCACGUAGAGGACAAGAAUCGUCCUGUCUACCUAUGUGACUGGCAGCACCAUAACAGUAUCUUUAACGGUGGAUGGCUGGCGACUCACAAGGAUUCGGAGUGAUGCAACGCGCUUGGUUGAGUUAACUUGUGAAAUACUUGGAUUCAAUUGGCCAAAUUUACCACAAUGUCGAAGUAUUUUAUCCAUGUACAAUACGUGGUAUGCUGCGAUUAUCUAUUAGGGUUCUUCCCUUGA